AUGACCUGGAUAACUAGAGAUGGUCUCCUAGGUUCCACACCAACUCCCAUUUUUCCCCAACUCACUACACAUCUGCAAAGCCUCCUUCAUUACCCAAUGUUGCUCCUGUUGCUGGGGCUGUGGGUGGCUGAGGUCCCAGUCAGCGCCAAACCCAAAAACAUGACCUCAGCUCAGUGGUUUGACGCUCAGCAUGUGCAGCCCAGCCCCCAGGAAUGCAACAGGGCAAUGGGCAACAUCAACAGGCACACAAAACACUGCAAGAGCCUCAACACCUUCCUGCAAGAAUCCUUCACCAGUGUAGCUGCCACCUGCCAGACCCCCAUCAUAGCCUGCAAGAACGGCCAUAAGAAUUGCCACCAGAGCAAAGGGCCUGUGUCCCUGACUGAGUGUAAGCUCACCUCAGGGAAGUACCCCGAAUGCAAGUACAAAGAGAAGAAACUGCAUGCUCCUUACAUAAUAGCCUGUGACCCUCUCCAGAAAGAUGACUCUGGAAAAUUCCACCUGGUUCCUGUGCACUUGGACAAAGUCCUUUAUGUUUCCAGCUUCUGUCACUCUUGA